AGAGGAGGAGUGGAUGAAGGGGUAGGUAGGUGGGAGAGGGAGUGGAGGAGGAAGAGAAGGAGGAGGAGGAGGGGGUCUCGCCGGGCUGCCCUAUAUGGCUGUGGAUGAGCUCCAUGCUAAUAUCGGCUCGAGAGGCACAGCAUCGCGUUUCUGCCGGCAGUCAGUGGUGGCUUCCAGAGUCUGAGCAGGCUCCUUCGCAGCCAUGGCUGAGGGCGGAGAAGGGGAAGAUGAGAUCCAGUUCUUGAGAACUGACGAUGAGGUGGUGCUCCAGAGUGUGGCCACCAUCCAGAAGGAGCAUUGCAAGUUCUGCCUGGCCGCUGAGGGACUCGGAAACCGUCUGUGUUACCUGGAAUCCACUUCGGAAGCUAAGCAUGUUCCUCCAGACCUGUGUAUUUGUAACUUUGUGCUGGAGCAGUCCCUGUCAGUGCGGGCCCUGCAGGAGAUGCUGGCUAAGACUGGACAGAACAGCGAAGGGGUGAGUACCUGUCUCCCUCCCACUGAUACACCCCCCCACCUCCUCUUCUCUCUGUCUUGUUCACACACGUUGGAACACACACACACACACACACACACACAGUGCAGCCCAAAUAUUUAAGAUCCAGCGCACAAGUUCCAUCUAUUUCUAUGAUUUUUAUAUGUUCGAUCUAAGAUUCUGCUGCUCACAGGAACUGGCCUGUUCCUGCUGGCUCUGAUCCAGCAGCUGCCUCCUAGUCGUGUUAGAUGCUUCCCCAGCUCUGAGACGAGAACGUUCGAAGUAAUACAUGAAAGAUCCAAGGAACUGUAAAAAU